GCCCGCCCUGCGCUCUCCCAGCUGCAGCCAGACACACCGCCCGCCGAGGACGCCCAAGUCUCUCUCUUCUUUUUGCCUCAGGAAGUCUUCUGCCCUCCGGCACCAACCCGCAGCUCCACUCGUCCAGAAGAAAAGCGAGAGGGCCGAGCGGAGCUGAGCCAAACCGCCCGCAGCGAGGCAACUUCCAGGAGCAGCACCGCGCGGAGCCGCGCCAGCCUCGGGACAAUGGGGCCGCGGCGGCUGCUGCUGGUCGCCGCUGGCCUCAGUCUGUGCGGCCCCCUGCUGUCCGCCCGCAUCCGAGGCCGCAAGCCAGGUGAGAUCAGCAGGGAGAGUGGAUCGGGCAGGAAAUGGAGGGACGCUGAUGCGGGCUACCUUGAGUCACAAGCAACAAAUGCUACUGUGAAUCCCCGGUCAUUUUUUCUCAGGAAUUCCAAUGAUAGAUUUGAAAUCUUCCCAUUGGGAGAGGAUGAAGAGAAAAAUGAAAGUGCAUUAACGGAAGACAGAUUCGUCUCCCUCAAUAAAAGCAGUCCUCUUCAAAAACCACCCCCUGUGUUCAUCUCGAAAGAUGCCUCAGGAUACCUGACCAGCCCCUGGCUGACUCUCUUUAUCCCUUCUGUUUACACCUGCGUGUUCAUCAUCAGCCUUCCCCUGAACAUCAUGGCUAUCGCUGUGUUCAUCCUGAAGAUGAAGAUCAAGAAGCCAGCUGUGGUGUAUAUGUUACACCUGGCCACAGCAGAUGUGCUGUUUGUGUCCGUGCUGCCCUUUAAGAUCAGCUAUUACUUUUCGGGCAGCGACUGGAAAUUCGGGUCUGAAAUGUGUCGCUUUGCCACUGCAGCGUUUUACUGUAACAUGUACGCCUCCAUCAUGCUCAUGACGGUCAUAAGCAUUGACCGGUUCCUGGCUGUGGUGUAUCCCAUCCAGUCCCUCUCCUGGCGCACUCUGGGAAGGGCUUCCUUCACUUGUCUGGCCAUCUGGGCUAUGGCCAUCGCAGGGGUGGUGCCUCUCCUCCUCAAGGAGCAGACCACCCAGGUCCCGGGACUCAACAUCACCACCUGUCACGAUGUGCUCAAUGAAACCCUGCUCGAAGGCUUUUACGCCUAUUACUUCUCAGCCUUCUCGGCUGUCUUCUUUUUUGUGCCAUUGAUCAUUUCUACAGUCUGCUAUGUGUCGAUCAUCCGAUGUCUUAGCUCUUCAGCUGUGGCCAACCGGAGCAAGAAGUCUCGGGCUUUGUUCUUGUCUGCUGCUGUCUUCUGCAUCUUCAUUCUCUGCUUUGGACCCACAAAUGUCCUCCUGAUUAUGCAUUACUUAUUCCUCUCUCAUAACCCCGCCACAGAGGCUGCCUAUUUUGCUUAUCUCCUCUGUGUCUGUGUCAGCAGCGUGAGCUGUUGCAUUGAUCCCUUGAUCUACUACUAUGCUUCCUCUGAGUGCCAGAGGCACCUCUAUGGUAUCUUAUGCUGUAAAGAAAGUUCUGACCCCAACAGUUACAACAGCAGUGGUCAAUUGAUGGCAAGUAAAAUGGAUACGUGCUCUAGUCACCUGAAUAAUAGCAUAUACAAAAAGCUGUUAACUUAGGAAAAGGAACUGCUGGAAAUCGGUGUGAAAUGUGUUGCUUUGCCACUACAACAUUUUACAGUAAUAGAUGUAUGUCUCCAUCAUGCUCAUGACAAUUAUAAACAUUGACUUAAAAAGAGAAGGUUAAAAAGUAGAUAACCUGGGGAUUCUGUUAGUCCCUUGAAAAACUACUUCACCGUCUAAAACAACCAAUGUAUGAUUUGCAUGUCUGCUUCCUAAGAGAGCCAUCAAGCAUAUAUGUUGUUUAAUUGUCAGAAAAGGUAACAGGAAGAGAAAACAGUGUUACUUCAAGGGAGUAUUGCCUGCCAGUGCUACAAUUACUGAAUGUCACUUUUUGAUAUAUCUAGGUGACUUAUAUGUGUACAUAUAUGCACAAAUACAUAUUAUUUGCAGUGCAGUAUGAAAUAGGCACUUGGAAACUCACAUUUUCUUCCCAGCAAUUAUGGAAAUAAUCUCUGACUUAAUAUGCAAAACAUCUAGGUUGGUAUACUUUAGCCCUGGACAUCUAAAGAUAUCCAUCAAUAGUAAGGAAUUCCAUAGUUUGGACUUCACAACUUUUGCAAAUAAGUGCAUUUUGAAAUUGUUGGGAAACAAUAUGUAAGUCAUGGAAGGGUAAAGUUUGGUAUUAUCUCUGUGUAGAAAAGUUUACUAUUUUUCAUUUCAAAUGUAUCAAAGUUUGAAUUCUUGUCGAAAAUUAUCAAAAAAGAUGAAAAGCCCAUUUUGAUAUGGGUAGCAUUUUUGAUGUUUUAUACACAGGCUAUGUGAACCAAAAUGAGCAUAAAUCCCACUAGUGAGUAAACUGCCUUUUAUGCAGUCCACCCUGAGAGCUGCACAUGUCCACCCCAUGGAGGACACCAAGCAGCAGAAAAUGGCAGAGCUGCACAUUGGCCAGAAACCUCCAGAUAAGCCUCCCAGAGAGCAGAAACUGGAGACCACCACACUCCAUUUUCCUGGGGCACUCCCAAGGGUUAGCUGUGAACUGAUCGCAUCUAUAGGAAAUCCGCAAAGCAGGAUGGACAUCCUGGGAGGUAGUAACUAUGAAAGGUUUUUCUGCCCCUCUUAGGAACAGAGAAGGAAGGCAUGCUCAUGUCAAGUAGAUGUCCUGCAAGGUUGGCUCUCAUACAGAAGCACCUAGGCACUCUGAUAGGUACCAGGCCUACAGAAUAUAUAAGACUAAGAUCUUGCUCAGAAAAGCAAUGCAGAAGGCACAUAGCUAGAUUGUGAUAUGCAUGUAAUAAAUAUGUCCUAUAUAAAGAAGUGUUGUUAAUCAGAUGUCAACAAGCAUUUCACACAAGCAAACCUAUCAUCUAAAGAUCUUUGAACAUUUGGGUUUCUACUUCCUGUGAUUACAAUUUAAGAUGAAAACACAGGAAGUGUACGUUUCUUAAAUAAGUCACUCUACAUUAAUUUGAUACUAUUUAUUUAUAAAUAUUUUGUUUAGUAAGAUCUUAAGUCAACUUUCUCUCCCUCCCUCUCUCUCUCUCUCUCUCUUUGUCACACACAAACACACACACACACAUUUUUUGUUCUUAUUUUCUAAUGGAACUGGGGAUUGAACCCAGAGCCUUGUGCUUGCUAGGCAAGUACUCUGCCACUGACCUACAUCCCCAGCCCUUUAUUUAAAUUUUAUUUUGAGACUAGGUCUCACUAACUUGCCCAGGCUGGCCUCAAAUUUUUGGUACUCCUGCCUCAGCCUCCUGAGUAGCUGGGUAUUUAUAGGCAUGUGCUAUCACACCAGGCUUCAAAUAAACUUUUCUUUUAAGAAUAAUUUAUGUUCAUCUAGUUAGGAAGAAAAUGGAAUUGACAUUGAAAUCUAGGAAAAUUUUUCUAUAUUUUCCAUUCACUUUCCUUAAGAAUUAAGGGACUGUUUAAAAAAGCAUUUUUAAAAAAUCCAUCAUAAUUGAGAACAUAGAAAGACUUUUGUGGGUUAGACAAAGUAAUUUGAAAAUUAGGUUAAAAUAUAUCUUAUUUUUCCUGAUUUUUAAAAAAAAAUGAUAUUUUAAACAAAAAAAAAAAGUGGAAAAAUGGAAAAGUUUGGACUUCACAACUAUUUAAAUGAGCAAAGUAGGGACUGGGGUAUAGCUCAGUUGGUAGAGUGCUUGCCUUGCAUGCACAAAGGCCCUGGGUUCAAUUCCCAGCACCACACAAAAAAAUAAAUAAAUAAAUAACAUAAUAAAAGAGUAAAAUAUUUCCAAAUAUCAUAGAAUAAUUUACAGAAGAGUAAUGUAACUGUAUUUUAAGUAGAAGUUAGUACUUAUUUUGUUAACUAGUUACUAUAUUCACUUUUUAAAGUAGUAGAUUAUCUUGUUUAUUCAGCCUAUACAUAUUAAAAUGCCUCUGACUUAAUAUGAUUAUCAUUAUUGUAUUAUAUUAUUUCAGUUUUUAUGUUCACUCUCUUUUUUAAAAAAAACAUUAUGUAACCUGUAUUAAUAAACAUGAAAAUUUUUGCUUGA